AUGGCACACCUCCCCCAAGUCCCGUCCCCCGUCGGCAUCUUCCCGCAGUUCUUCGCGCGGGGGCCCGAAACGCUCGUUUUGAAAGAAAAAGUCCUAUCCCUCACCGGCGACGACUUCCACAUCAAGCUCGCAAACGGCACGCCGAUCCUGCGCGUCGAGGGCAAGGUGCUGAGCCUCUCCGGGCGGAAGAAGGUGUUUGACGAGCAAGGGAACCAUCUGUUUGAUAUUGUCAAGGAGCACUUUCACAUCCACACCACCUUUCGCGUCGAUGAUGCAAACGGGAAGAAGAUUAUGGAGGUGAGGAGUGGUUUCAAACUGAUUGGAUCGAAAGCUACCGCGACGUUCACUUCGCAGUCGGGCAAACAGGAAGUCCUCACCAUGCGCGGUAACUGGUUCGACACGACGGCCGAUAUCACGGAUGAGGCGCAGGGCAAUGUCGUCGUGGCCCGGAUCAAUCGCAAACUGCUCUCUGGUAAGGAUAUCUUCUUCGGUCAGCAGACGUACGGCGUGACGGUUGCGCCGGGCGUGGAUAUGGCGCUGGUAGCAGCACUCUGUAUUUGUCUUGAUGAGAAGAACAACGAGGGCGGCUCGUAG